GGGAGGGAGCGAGCGAGCGAGCAGCCGCGCCGCCGCCUCGCAAUCCGCCGCCAUCCCGCCGCUUGACCGCCGCCCGAUCGCCAUCGCCCGGCCCAGUCGCGCCCGCGGAACUAGACCAGGCAGAUCGGGAGCGGUGCCGAGAAAAAUUUCCUUACUAGAUGACAUUUCAUCGCAAUGUCCGAUCGUUUGGGGCAAAUAACCAAGGGCAAGGAUGGGAAAAGCAAGUAUUCGACUCUCAGCCUGUUUGACAAGUAUAAAGGAAAAUCAGUAGAUUCAAUCAGAUCCUCAGUUAUUCCUCGACAUGGCUUACAAAGUCUUGGGAAAGUUGCCACGGCCCGGCGCAUGCCACCACCUGCAAACCUGCCAAGCCUGAAGUCUGAAAACAAAGGAAACGACCCCAACAUCGUGAUAGUACCCAAGGACGGAACAGGAUGGGCAAACAAGCAGGACCAGCAAGACCCAAAGAGUUCCAGUGUGACGGCCUCUCAGCCGCUGGAGUUGCUGCCGCAGCCGGGUUUGCAGAAAUCUGUCUCCAAUUUGCAGAAGCCGACACAGUCGAUCAGUCAGGAGAAUACAAAUUCAGCUCCAGGUGGACCAAAGUCAUGGGCACAGCUGAAUGGAAAGCCAGCAGGACACGAAGGUGGUUUAAGGGCCUCAAGCCGACUGUUAUCCUUCUCUCCCGAGGAAUUUCCGACGCUGAAAGCAGCUGGAGGGCAGGACAAGGCUGGCAAAGAAAAGGGCGCCUUAGAUCCGUCGUAUGGGCCAGGACCAAGCCUCCGCCCUCAGAAUGUGACAAGCUGGAGGGAGGGCGGUGGGCGAAACAUAAUUUCUGCCACGUCUCUGAGCGCCUCCCCAACUGAGCUGGGCAGCAGGAACUCGAGUGCGGGAGACGGAGCCCCCUCCUCGGCGUGCGCCAGCGAGUCUAAGGACCCCUCGCUCCGCCCGCCUCAGCCUGUCCGCAGAGGGGCUUCACAGUUCUUGGGGAGUGUAUACCACCCACCUACAUACCAUGACAUGCUUCCUGCCUUUAUGUGUUCGCCACAGUCAUCAGAGAACCAGGGUACAGUGGAACGAGGAUCUUUUCCCCUUCCUCAUCUCCGUCUUGAACCCCGUGUUCCUUUUAGACAGUUCCAGAUGAAUGACCAAGACGGAAAAGAAAAUAGACUGGGAGUGAGCCGCCCGAUCCGUCCACUGAGGCCGCUGGUGGAGCGGGUGCCACGACCCACCAUCGUCAACGCAGAAAACCUGAAGGGCCUCGAUGACCUGGACACCGACGCCGACGAUGGCUGGGCAGGCCUCCAUGAAGAAGUGGACUACUCCGAGAAGCUGAAGUUCAGUGAUGAUGAGGAGGAGGAGGAAGUGGUGAAGGACGGCAGGCCAAAGUGGAACAGUUGGGACCCCAGGAGGCAGCGGCAGUUAUCCUUGAGCUCUGCAGACAGUGCUGAUGCCAAGCGCACCCAAGAGGAAGGAAAAGACUGGAGUGAAACAGGAGGUGUGACCCGUGUCGUCCGGAAGGUGCCGGAACCUCAGCCGCCUUCCAGGAAGCUGCACAGCUGGGCGUCAGGCCCUGACUACCAGCAGAAAUCCUCCAUGGGCACUGUAUUUCGGCAGCAGUCUGCCGAGGACAAAGAGGACAAGCCCCCACCACGGCAGAAGUUCGUCCAGUCUGAGAUGUCCGAGGCCGUGGAGCGAGCCCGGAAGCGCCGGGAGGAGGAGGAGCGCCGUGCGCGUGAGGAAAGGCUGGCUGCCUGUGCUGCCAAACUCAAGCAGCUUGACCAGAAGUGCAAGCAGGCUCAGCGGGCCAGCGAGGCCCAGAAGCAGGCGGAGAAGGAAGCUCCCCGCUCUCCGGGGGCUGAGAAGGCGACUCCCCAGGAGAACGGCCCUGCCGUCCACAAAGGCUCCCCUGAGUUCUCUGCCCAGGAGACCGCCAGCACGUUUUCAGAAGAAGCCCCCACAGCUCCUCCAGCAGCGGCUCAGAGCGGCGGCAGCGAGGAGGGGCCCCGGGAGGCUGGCUCCCCUGCACAGGAGUUCAACAAGUACCAAAAGUCACUCCCUCCCAGGUUCCAGCGCCAGCAGCAGCAGCAGCAGCAGGAGCAGCUGUACAAGAUGCAGCACUGGCAGCCGGUGUACCCUCCGCCGUCCCACCCGCAGCGCACCUUCUACCCGCACCACCCCCAGAUGCUGGGCUUCGACCCCAGGUGGAUGAUGAUGCCCUCCUACAUGGACCCACGGAUCCCGCCCACUCGGACCCCAGUGGAUUUCUACCCCUCGGCCCUGCAUCCCUCAGGAUUGAUGAAACCCAUAAUGCCCCCGGAUUCCCUCAGUGGGACUGGCUGUCGCUCUGAGGACCAGAGCUGUGUGCCCCCGCUGCCAGAAAGGAAGGUGACCACCAUUGACCCUGCCCCCGUGUGGAGCCCUGAGGGUUACAUGGCGUUGCAGAGCAAGGGCUACUCACUGCCCCAUCCGAAAUCCAGCGACAAUUUGGCCAUGGACAUGCAUGUCAGGAGUGAAAGCUCUUACUCUGCCUCCCCCGGAAGGUCAGGGGGCGUGAGUGCCCAGCGCGAGCUCCUUGAGGAGAGAGGGCAGGAGUACUUGAGCGCUUCUGACAAGAAGGCCCCAGCAGACUGUGACUCCCGUGUCUCCUCUCAGAGAGUAGGCCAGGAGCUUUUGUUUCCACCCCAAGAAAAUGGUCAGGAAGCAGGCACUCCUGUGAGUCACACCCCAAACCUCAGGUGCUCCCCCCUGGAGCCCGACUUUGCCCCCAUGGAGAAAAAGCCCGAGUAUGGCGACUGGGAUGUGAACCACCAGUCAAAGGUUGCUGACCCAGACGCUACGGUUGAGAAGGAGGUACCGCAGGAGGAGCCACCCUUCAGCGUCUCCUCCUGGGAGAAGGAAGGGAGCCCGAGCAAGCCGCCGGCUCUGGAGCCCGAGUGGACGCCAGAAGCCCGGGGCACCAGCAGCCAGCACCCAGAGCAGACCAGCAGGACCCGUAGGUCCGGCCCCAUCAAGAAACCUGUCCUGAAGGCCCUCAAGGUGGAGGACAAGGAGAAGGAGCUCGAGAAAGUAAAGCCGGAGCUGGCAGAGGGGAGCACCCGCCUGCCCCGGGAGCCGGGGCCUGUCCAUGAAGUGGCUGAGGACGAGGACCAAGAGAACGACCCCGCACUGGCCAAUGCGGCCCCGGCCACCUCGGAGGACCAGGGCUUAGCCCGUGCCAGCUUGGGCCGUGAGGCCAGCUGUCCUGAGGAGGACAACAAGCCUGAUGGGGCCCCGGAGGCCAGACCCUCCAGGGAGGCCAGCCACACACCCCCUACCAAGAGGAAUAACUGGAUCUUUAUUGAUGAGGAGCAAGCCUUUGGGGGCCGGGGGCCAGCCCGGGGCCGAGGCCGCGGGUUCCGAGAGUUCACCUUCCGCGGGCGGCCCACCGGUAGUGGCCUGUGUGGCGGGGGCGUCCUUGGGGCACGCGGCCUCUACAGCGGCAGCCAGAGGAGUGGCCGGGGCCGGGGGCCGCGGGAGUUUGGGCCGCUGGAUGACUUCCCCCGGGCCAAGCCCCGGCGGAGGAUUGCCAGCGAGACCCACAGCGAGGGCUCUGAGUAUGAGGAGCUCCCCAAGCGGCGGCGGCAGCGAGGCGCUGAGCCUGGGGAUGAGGGCAUGCUCCCGGAGCGGGAGGAGGCCACGGGAAGGAAGGGCGACUUCAGGGAGUCCUGGCGGUCUGGCAGGAUGCACCCUGAGGACCAUGGUGGGCCUGAGGCCAAGAACCGAGGUCCCCGGGCCUUCGGGCGUGCCCUGCCCCCGCGGCUUAGCAACUGUGCGUAUGGCCGGAGAACCUUCGCGGCCAAGGAGGUGGCCCCUUGGCCCAGCCGGGGUCCUGGCGCCCCCUGGCAGGAGUCUGGCCCCCCUGACGCAUGUGGGGCCCGGCGGCCCUUAGACAGAGACUACAUCCCAGACGCCUACAGACGCCCCGAUGCCUUGGGCUCCCGGGGCUUUGAGGAUGGCCGCCUGGAGGACCGGAGGGCCUUCUUCCAAGAUGACCACGCCGCAGAGUCCGAAAACGCAGAGAACCGGCCCUUCCGGCGAAGGCGGCCUCCGCGCCAGGACAAGCCGCCCCGCUUCCGGCGCCUCCGGCAAGAACGGGAGGCCCUGGGUCUGUGGGGGCCGGAGGACGACGCACCUCUGGCAGCCAGCCAGUGGCCAGGCCGUCCCAGACCCUGCCCCGGGGACAGGAGCAGCGCCUCAGGCCGCAGGUCCCCUGAGCUCGCCUAUCAGAACUCCUCAGACCACGCCAACGAGGAGUGGGAGACGGCCUCCGAGAGCAGCGACUUCAGCGAGAGGCGGGAGCGGCGGGCCGGCUCCGAGCUGGACCCCCAGGCCGAUGGCAGCUCCCCUGGGGUGAGCGCAGGCGAGAAGAAGGAGCUGGCCAAGCGGAGCUUCUCGGGCCAGAGACCCCUGGUGGACAGGCAGAGCCGGAAGCUGGAGCCGGGAGGGUUUGGGGAGAAGCCUGUUAGGCCGGGUGGCGGUGGCACUUCUCCCCGCCAUGAGAGUCAUCAGAACGGGACGCCUCUGAAAGCCAGAAGGUCCCCAGACGAGGCCUUGCCUGGAGGUCUUGGCUGCGGCAGUGGGAGCGGCCAUUACACGCUGGAGCGGGCAGCCCAUGCUGCCUCUGACGUCACCGAAGCCUCCUGUGAGAAGGCAGAGAAGGAGGCCAAGCUGGCCGCCCAGAGGUCAGGCGAGCAGGGAGAGACCAUGAAACCAUUUGACCUGAACUACGGACACGCCAUCAUUGAAAAUUGCGGAUCCAGCCCUGGGGAGGAGAGUGAGGUGGGCUCUCUGGUGGGCGAAGGCUUCAUUGAGGUCCUGACCAAGAAGCAGCGCCGCCUGCUGGAGGAGGAGAGGAGAAAGAAGGAGCAAGCCGUGCAGGUUCCUGUCAAAGGCCGAAGUCUCUCCUCUCGAAUUCCUCCUCGGUUUGCAAAGAAGCAGAACAACCUGUGCCUGGAGCAGGGCGACGGGCCUGUGCCCGGCAGCAGCCUGGGCACCGAGAUUUGGGAGAGCGGCAGCCAGGCCCUGCCCCUUCAGGCCUCGACCAGUGACUCCUGGACCAAAGCUGCCACUGCCUUCACCAGCACUGAGCCUGGCUCUGCUGAGCAGGGCUUUAAGAGCAGCCAGGGAGACAGCGGUGUUGACCUGAGCGCCGAGUCCCGAGAGUCCUCAGCGACCUCCUCGCAGCGCAGCUCUCCAUAUGGCACCCUGAAGCCCGAGGAGACAAGCGGGCCCGGCCUGGAGCCCAAGGCCGACGGCCACAAGGAGCAGACUCAAAAGCAGUCAGAGCCAAAGGAUUCAGAACAAGGCUCAGGACAGAGCAAGGAGCACAGACCAGGACCCAUCGGCAAUGAGCGCUCUCUGAAAAACAGAAAGGGCUCCGAGGGGGCCGAACGGCUGCAGGGGGCUGUGGUUCCCCCUGUUAACGGGGUGGAGAUUCACGUGGACUCCGUGCUGCCAGUGCCACCCAUUGAAUUUGGAGUCAAUCCGAAGGACUCUGAUUUCAGCUUGCAGCCUGGCUCUGCCUCUGGUCCUGCGGGGAAUCCAGUUGUCAAGCUUCAGGACGCAUUGGCCAGUAAUGCCGGGCUGGCCCCCAGCAUCCCCAUCCUGCGGCGGGACCACCACAUCCAGAGGGCCAUCGGCCUCUCCCACAUGUCCUUCCCUACCGCUGACCUCACUCUGAAGAUGGAGUCUGCGCGCAAGGCUUGGGAAAACUCGCCCAGCUUGCCGGAGCAGAGCUCGCCAGGAGGCGCUGGCUCGGGCCUGCAGCCCCCAUCCUCCGGGGGGGCCUCCAGCGGGGUCAGCUAUAGCUCCUUUGGCGGCGUCUCCAUGCCCCCCGUGCCCGUGGCCUCGGUCGCACCUUCUGCAUCCCUUCCAGGCAGCCACCUGCCACCUCUCUACCUGGAUGGCCAUGUGUUUGCAAGUCAGCCCCGACUGGUUCCUCAGACCAUACCUCAGCAGCAGAGUUUCCAACAGGCUGCCGCUGCCCAGCAAAUUCCGAUUUCCCUUCACACGUCUCUACAAGCUCAAGCCCAGCUGGGACUGAGGGGUGGGCUGCCCGUCUCCCAGUCUCAGGAGAUCUUCAGCUCCUUACAGCCCUUCAGGUCUCAGGUGUACAUGCACCCCAGCCUGUCACCACCCAGCACCAUGAUCCUCUCCGGAGGCACAGCCUUGAAGGCCCCCUACUCGGCGUUCCCAGGCAUGCAGCCCCUGGAGAUGGUGAAGCCCCAGUCUGGUUCGCCCUACCAGCCCAUGAGUGGGAGCCAGGCCCUGGUCUACGAGGGCCCGCUCAGCCAGGCGGCUGGGCUUGGCGCCUCCCAGAUGUUGGACUCCCAGCUCCCGCAGCAGCUGACGAUGCCCCUGCCUGGCUCCCAGCUGCCUCUGCCCCGGUACGGCUCCGGGCAGCAGCCCCUGCUCCUGCCACAGUCCAUCCAGCUGCCCCAGGCGCAGAGCCUCUCGGUCGGGGCCCCCCGCAGGAUCCUCGCCCCUGGGUCCCAGCCUUCGGUCCUCACCACCAGCAGAGAGUCCUCUCAGAUGGAGAUGAAGGGUUUCCACUUCGCCGACAGUAAACAGAAUGUUCCUUCAGGAGGCUCCGUGCCGUCACCACAGACCUACAGGCCUAGCUCUGCUAGCCCCAGUGGGAAGCCCUCUGGAUCAGCAGUUAACAUGGGCUCUGUGCAGGGACACUACGUUCAACAGGCAAAGCAGCGAGUGGAUGAAAAGCCCGGCCUGGGAGCCGUGAAGCUGCAGGAACCACCCUCAGCCGCUUCCCCGCUGAAGCGAACUGGAGCGAUCAAGCCCCGGGCGGUCAAGGUGGAGGAGAGCAAGGCCUGAGGGGUUGGGCCCGGCCUGCCCGGGAGGACUCUGCCCUUGGCCUCGCCGCCGCCUGACACUGGGGAGUCUCGCCAAGGGAUCCCCUGUCCACCUGCCUGGCCCGGACUUCGAAAUCUCCCUUCUCUCCUCCACUCCUGAAAGCUCCGUUGUCCAACCGGCUUGUACCCGUGGAUCUCUGGCAUUGACCUGCUUGCUUUAAUACGAAACGAACAAGCAAACGACUCCAUUCCCAUUUCCUUUCCAUCACGACCUCGGAGUGACUGAGUGUGGAGUGACCAAGCGUCAUGCCAUGCAGACUAACCCCGCCCUCCCCCGCUUCCUCCCCUCCCCGCCUCCCGUCCCCGGGCACCGUGGUCUGGCAGCAGGGCCGUUUUAGUUUGAGGCUUUUUGUUUUAAAAAGCAGCUACAGGUUUUUACAGAAGAGAAAGGAAAAGAAAACAAAGACACAAGCUUUGUAUAGUUGGACUUUGUCUGUCCUUUGCCGCCCUCUCGCUGGCCGCCUCCUAUCGCAGUAGUUUGCUGUCACCCCCCCUGCUCGAUGUGGUAGGUUGCUGCGGUACCCGCAGGGGUGAUGCUUGGGAGCACACCUCUCCUGCUCUCUCUCUGCUGGCUACUCGCAGAAAGAAGUGGUUUCAGACACUGCUCCUGAGCUCAGGAAGCGGUGACUUGCGGGGGGCGGGGAGCGGGCAGGUGGACUGGCAUUUCAAUGGCUUCCAGCCUCUGGGCUGAUGACCACAGGGAGCUUAUGGUCAGCCCAUUGACGUUGAUGUUUUUAGCCUAAGAAUGACACAGAACUUCUAUCUCAGACUCUUCCUAAAGCUGGUGGGGACACUGACCACUGGGAACCUGAGGUGAAUCAUGAAAAUAAAAGGCAGUGGUAUGUUCCCGUCUUGACCAGGGUGGUGCGAGCUGACAGCACCACCCACCCCCUGCCGCCCCCAUCAGUGCCUGCUGCACCCACAGGGCCUGAUGUCUUCUCAUGCUCCCUCUCCUCCAAGCUGCCUUGUCCCUCUGGGUCCUCUGUCCAUCCAUCUCUCCUGCAGCUCGGCACGGGAAACCCCGCUGUCCUCUGUGGCGACAGGCGCCUGGACCAUUGUCACAGGAGGUGACAGGUGUGGUUGGGGCUGUAGCCGCAGCCUGAGCUCUGGGAGGAGGCAGGAGGGCUUGCUUCUCUCCCUUUCUCCCCUCCCAGCUGUAGGCGCAGGCUAUGGGGCCGGAGAGGCCUGAGCGGGGCAGUGGGGUCUCCAGUCUUUCCAGAGGCCAGAGCAGGGCUCGAGGGGAGGUGGGCGAGUGCAGGGCUGGCAACGCUGCCAAAACAGCCGGCCUAGCCUCUUGUGCAGAGCUAUCGCUGUCCAAAUGUGGAGGCAUUUCGUGCUAAGUCUCUGUUUGCUUUUAAAGUAAGAACUAGAAGGAAAUCAUCCUAAAUUCCAAGGAAAGGUGAGGGGAAAUUUGAAGUUUUGCCUAUGCUCUUGAGAGAACUAAGCACUCAUCAACCUGCUGUUGCUGGCAGGUCUGGGGAAGACUUGGCUUGGAGGACGGGAAGCAGGGAGAUGGCAUGGCCCACAGGGUCCGCCCGCAGCGUUGCCCCAGGUGGUGACAGCUACUUGGGCUGAGACUCGAGGCUCUGUCUGGUGCAGAACACUGGGAAAGAAGGGCCUUAGGAACCGCUGUAGGCACUCGUUGCUCUUCGCUGCUUUAAGGAAGUGUGGGAACAACAGGCUUCUGGCAAAAGGUGCAGGGUUUCAACGUUUAAUCAGUGGUGUCCAGCAUUCCCCUCCUUGCCUCCACUCUCAGACCUUACUUCUCACUGGUGUUUUUUUGUUUUUUCUUCUCCUUCAUCCCGGAAUUUUUACUCUGAAGUCCUUUCUUGCAGGGCUGCCACUGGACGGAGCUCCCUGUGCACUCACCUUCCUUUUUCUCCCUUCCCCUGCAAGCGCCUGGCUACUGUCCCCACUUGAGACAGGGCUCCCCUCCCCUCCCGUGGCCCCUUCAGGGGCCUCGCACUCACAAACAAACGUGGCCAGACCCCUCACACCUGAUUCCAGUGCACAUUGUCAAAAGGAAAAAAGGCUUUCUCAUUUUGAAAUGCAGCAGGACAGGCCUGGACGCUGUUACAAACUCUUUAAGAGGUGUCCUUUCAGGUGAACCUGCCCUCAGAGUGACAGUACUUCCUGUUUGAGGAUAAAAAACUGAAAGGGUCACCUGUUCUCUGGCCCUUUUCUCUACCUACUCCUGUAUUCCCCCCCGCCCCCAGUAAAAACAAAACACUAGAAUUUAUUUAUAUGUAUUGAUGUCGUAGGUCUAGGUGGAAAAAGAAGUAAAUGUUUCACUGCUCUAUUUAUAUAUAAUGUCUGAAUUAGUCUGUGCGGGAAAGGCCAGGAAAAUUGCAUGUGAGGUUCAGUGCAUUUACCACCUUCGUGUGCCCAAGCUGCAGCCUCUUUCUGGAUGAGACACAGAUUUUACAUUGAACUCUGGAGGCAGAGGGCGGGCCCUGGGCCCGCCCAGCACCCCAUCCCUUCCUUGGUCUGAUGAAAUGCAGUAAUUAAUGCAGAGAUGUUUUGGGGGGCAAUCUCUCUCCUUUCAUGUGGUUUUAGAGCCAAUCUCCAGGUAAUGGGACUUGGGGUCAUAUUUUGCCUUCACAUCCCCCUUCUCAGAGUGCAAAUCCACACAGAGGCCUCUGCCAGAAAGCCUUGGGUCGACUAGCGGGAACAUGUAAAGACUAGAACUCAACAAUUUUCUGCUCCUGGGGAGGGUCAGGGGUCAGAGCCCUCUCACUUGGCCUUCAGCUGCUCAGAUUACCCUUCUUUCCCAUGCUGGCUGCUCCACCCUGGCCGCUGAUGAUGCAUCCUGUUCCUUGGCAACCAGUGACCCUGUAGCACGGUGUGUCAUCCAUCAGUUCCUCUAUGGGGUAAAACCCAAGAGUGUGAGCUCGAGGACCCAUGCGGCCUCAUCCACCCCCUGAAGGCUUCUUUGCCAGCUGUAUUUGGUCUGGUUUUUGUUUCCCGUUUUGAAUCAAUGUUAACUGUUUUCAAACUUGGAAUUCCUACACUUUGGGCUCCAGGUUCCUUCAGGGAGAAAACUAAAGAAUGACUAUUACCCAGAAAAAUAGGUUGGUCCGGUUCCAAAGCCAUGGUCACUGCAGCAACUUCUGGGGACACUGGGGUGUCUUGUUACAUACUGACAUCAGUUCUCUCCAGCUCUGCCCUCACCCUCCUGUCUUGUAGAUCUGCCUUCUGGACAGUUGACGAGGUUUGCCGAGGGCUGUGGAGGCUCAGAGUGUGCACUCACAGGCAUGGUCUCAGAACUGGCCCACUGAGGCAGCAUGGGGUCAGCGGCUGAAGCCCCCUCCCUCCUGUGUGGUUCCCCUCCGUCGAGUAGCUGCAUGUUACCUCUCAAAUCUGUAUUUGUCCCAUUUUUCUUCUUGCAGAGCUAGCCUGGGUUAGAAGGUCUGUUGGAAAUGGCCUUUAAGCACCAAGGACACUAGGGUACUUAAACUUAGUACUGUUCUGUGAUGACUGGGAAAUGCAGACUUCAGAAAGCUGGCUCUUCCAGUUUGAAAAGUGAACUGGACCUAAGACAUCACCAGGACAGGAGCGGCUCAGUGUUGGGGUCGGACGCUGUCGCCCAGCUGUGCCCUCCACCGGGACCACCAGUGCAUAUCUGGCCAGUGAUCUUCCAGGCGCAUCCAACCUGCGUUCACCAUUUCUCCACCCCAGUUAGGUGACCUCCAAGAGGCAGCAGUGUCCCCGAGGCCCUGCCUUCAGCAUGUUACAAAGCCUCAGAGCGGAACUCUCUGCUGAGGCUCUCUGUGGAUGACCUCCUUCCAUUGUGAAAAGGGGGUCCCGCGCACCAAGCUUUCGACCUCAUGCCUUGCAUAGUAAAAAGCGUUCGGGUUUUUUUUGUUGAGAGGGUUGUGUUUUUUGUUUUUGUUUCUUUUUGAUCUUAUUUUGGCCUUUCCUAUCUUUGUCUUUUCAUGUAGACCAGAUAUUUGAAAGGGCAGACGAUGGCUAAAAGGUGUAACGUGCAGCUUGUUUCUACGUGGUUUGGGGGAGCUUUUACCUUAGAUGGGGAAAAUGGAACCCUGGAUUCACCAGGCCAUGGUGGCACCCUCCUCCUUCACCCUUCCCUCCGGUUCAGUACCUGUUGUUUCUCCUUUCAAAUAUGUGAUUGUACUAGCUCUCUUUCCAUAUGAAAGAAUUCUCCUUAUUUAAAUAAAAAAGUUUAAAAAAAAGACCCACUGAAACCAAA